AUGGAAGUGAAUCCUAUUACAAUAAGUAAGCAUAAUCACGGUAGAGACUCCCUACCAAAAACGGGAACUUCUGUACGAUCCGUUGCUAACCAAGAAAACGACAAUACGAGCGACAAGAAGAAUAAAGAGGUUGAAAAAAGUCCUCAAACUAUUGAGCCGAUAAAAAGUAAUGAUAAUGAGGUUAUCAUUGUCUGUGAAAAGGACAAUUGUAAAGAAAUGGACCAGUUGACAGAGACUGUUGCUGUUUCUUCAAGCGCAACGACACAUGGUGACAAUGUGGAAAAACCGGAUCUUGUCACUUCUACUUCUACUUCUAAUUGUGCCGAAGCAGAAGCAGAAGUGAAGAAAGAUGAUUUUGGCUCCGUAAAAGAGGCUAUAUCGAGCGAUGCAAGUGAUACAGACGAGUACGAUCCCCAAAGUAUCGAAGUUGCUGCUACUGCUUCUACUAAUGUUGCAGCCACUGAGCCCGCUUCACUUGAAGAGGAAGAAGAAGAAGAAAAGUAUGAGCCCGAAGAAGUAGAGUAUGAGCCCGAAGAAGUAGAGUAUGAGCCCGAAGAAGUAGAGUAUGAGCCCGAAGAAGUAGAGUAUGAGCCCGAAGAAGUAGAGUAUGAGCCCGAAGAAGUAGAGUAUGAGCCGAAAGAAGAAGAGUAUGAACCGGAAAAAGAAGAGUAUGAACCGGAAGAAGAAGAAGAAGAAGAAGAAGAAGAAGAGUAUGAACCGGAAUUAAUUGAACCUACAGCUACAGCUACAGCUACAACUGGCUCUUCCUCUUCAUCACCUUUGUCAACAACUAUUGGGUUACCCCCGAAGCCACCAAUACUGGCUACUGUUAAACCCUCAACAAAUGCCAUCACUCUUGCAAACAACGAGGCCAAGCAAAUGUUGAAGGAUGCAUUUAAUGCUGUUGUAAAGUCAGAAACCUCUAAAAAUAGCAAUUUUUUACAUCUCCCGCAGGAGGAACAGGUUUGCAUAAUUCUGGAACAGUUGAGCAAACAAGGUAUAGACUUGAAAAGGUCAUUUGCCAAUUAUGAUCAGGUGUAUUCAUACAAUAAGCCUUUUAAGAACUUGAAAAACCCGAUACCGUUGAUCCCAGUUAACGAAUUUUGCUUGAGGCCGAAUAUAACUGUUCCGUCAACUGCAGAAGAGGAACAGGAAUACGAGGCUUUUAUCGAAAGAGAAAAUUAUUAUUUGGAAUUGCAGAACUGGGACGAGUUUCCCGAUAAACUGAGACUUUUCAUUGGUAAUCUACCUGCAAAUACUAUUUCAAAGCAGGACCUAUUUAGGAUCUUUUCCAAGUAUGGAGAAGUUAUUGAGAUCUCCAUUAAGGCAGGGUAUGGAUUUGUUCAGUUUCGAACUUCAGAAGCUUGCUUGAACUGUGUUAGAGGUGAAACUAAUGUGCCUUUGCACAACAAGAUUUUGAGACUCGAUGUUUCCAAGCCACAAAAGUCUAAGCGAUUUAGCCACCCUGAGGUUAAUCAUUCACAUAUAAGUGGAAGAGGAAGAGAGAGAGAGUCUUUGGAAGGAGAAGAAGAGGGGGAAGGAGAUGGGGGAGGAGAAGGAGAAGGAGAAGAAAGAGAAGGAGAAGAAGAGGAAGGAGGAGGAGAAGAAGAAGGAAAAGAAAUAGAAGAACAAGAACAACAAGAAAGAGAUGAAAGACCUAGAAAAAGAAGAAAAGAACACGUGGACUGCAUUGUUUUUGUUACUGGCAAGUCCUCGGUGUUUUUUAUACGAAAAGUGAAGAGGGCAUUGGCAUCUGCCUGUAUUUCGAUUGACGUUGAGGAUGUGACUCAGAAGAAUAUCAGCGAAGUUUUGAGCGAGGCGGCCUAUUCUGGCGUACUAGGUGCCUGUGUGAUCAAAGAACAGAAAGUCGAUGUUCAAACUUACCUGGAACAGCCCGAUGGUGCUAUAAAAUUUGAUGAGUAUGCUGAUAUUGAACCAGAAGAGGCAGGGGAGGUUCUCAACAAAGCAAAAUUAGAAAAAUAUGGUGACAACCCUUCUUAUUAUUAUAACAGUCAACACCAAGAUACAGGGUACGAAGAAAAUGUUAGGGCGAAAAAUAGAGUUGAUCAUCGUCGUGGGCACGAUAAAAGUCAGAAUUCUCGUAGAUUUCAAACUGGACGAGGAGGAAACAAUAGGUAUUAUGGCCAUGAUAAUCGUGAUAGGAGAAAUUUUCAAAACCAACCAUGGACAGGGCAAAACCAGUAUCACCAGUUUCCUCAACAACAACAACAACAACAACAACAACAACAACAACAACAGCAUCAUCACCAACAGCCACAACAACCUCUUGGAAAUUUUGCACAGACCCAAUUUCCUCAAUAUGUACAACUGCAACCAGCGGUGUUUCCCCCUCAACCAAUGCCGCUGCAAAAUGUCCAGUUUGCACAACCAUAUGGUUACAUACCACCACAGCCAUCAGCUAACCAAUAUGGACCUAAUAUUCAAAGCCCUCCAAGUAACAACAACAACAAUAAUAAUAAUAAUAACAAUCUCAUGCAAUUGUUACAGGGUCUAAACCAAAGUCAAGUUCAAAGUAUGAUAGAUCUCCUACAGCAACAGCAGCAACAACAACAACAGCAGCAGAAUCAACAGGCUAUACAUCUAGCAUUAGCACCACAGCCACAACCACAACCACAACCACAACCACAACCUUACAUGCAACCACCGUCUCGCAUUAAUUAUGGUGAUAGUGGAAGUUAUCGAGAACGUUUUAUGGGUGGCAAUUCCAGAAGUAACAAUCGUAAUCAACGGGUCAGUCAACAACCAUACGGAAAUGUACCCCAGCCACACCAAAGCAUGAAUCACAUUAACAAUCCACCUCGCCAUCCACGUGCUUCAAAUAAUCAAGCAGAUGCUUUGCUCUCCCAAUUGAGACAAGCUAGUUCUUACUCUCAACCAUUGCAAUAUCAACAACAGCAGUCGCAACAAUCACAACAGCAGCCGCAUCCUUCUUCUAAUGAAUCACUAAUAGAAACAUUACAAAAACUAUCUAGAAGGUGA